GUGUGUUUGCUGUGCUUUUCCGGGAAUGGGGGCAGUUUUUCUCUAUAUAAAUGAAGUUUUAAAGAACAGGAAAGCAUUAGAGUGGCGAACAAGAACAGAUAGGCGCUUAGUAAGUGCGAAGCUGACGCCAUUGAAAAAUGCACAGAUGACGGGAUCCGACUAUAGUCAAAUCAUGACCAGAGAAAUCGUGAUUGUGUGCCAUCCCGUUUCCGUGUGCGUACCUGCGAACCACAAGGUAACCCUGCGAGUCCGCGCUGAGGGCACAGGAAUCCUAAACUACCAAUGGUUCUCUGAGGAUGAAAAUGCAGUACCUGGUGGCACUGAAUCAAACCUGACAAUUACAGCUACAAAAACUCAGCUUUUUGUGUGCAGAGUGAGUGAUCACUUCCAUAACUAUGUGUUCAGUGAAUGGGUGAAGGUGAAGGUGCUGGACAUUAACAAAUCAGGCUUACCUGUUGACUGGCAGGGUAAUCCCCACAUUGCCAUAAACCCUAAACCUCAAAGCAUUCAGCAAGGCUCAAAACUCACUCUACGCUGUGCUGCCUUUGGCAUCCCUGCCCCUCACUACCAGUGGUACAAAAAUGGAAGACCGUUGCCUGACAAGACAAGCGACACGCUACAGAUUGCCCAUGCGACCUCUGAACACGCAGGAUCGUACCUGUGCUCCGUCUCUAAUGUGCUGGAGGAAAGAUGGACCGAUGCAGUUGAUGUUAACAUUGUGCAACCGGAGCAACUUCCUCCUGCAGCGCUCACAGCUACUGAUAAAGUUGCCCUUCUUAUCGGCAAUCUAAACUAUUCCAACCACCCGGUCUUGAUGGCGCCCCUGAUGGACGUGCGUGAGCUGGCCAACCUGUUGCAGCAGCUCGACUUCAGGGUGGUUUCCUUGCUGGACCUCACCAUGGGGGAGAUGCGGUCUGCUAUAGACAAAUUCCUUCAGCUCCUUGACAGAGGAGUUUAUGGCCUUUUCUACUAUGCUGGUCACGGCUAUGAACAUGCUGGGAGGAACUACCUGGUAGCUGUUGAUGCACCACAACCGUACCGACCUGAAAACUGCAUCUGUGUGCAGAGAGUCAUGCACAAAAUGCAGGAAAGGCAGACUGCGCUGAGUGUAAUGCUGCUGGAUACCUGCAGAAAAUGGUACAACCAGAAUUGCAUACCUUCAGCCAUUAUGCCUCUUGGGCCCAGUGGGAACACAGUAUACGGUUAUGCCACAUGUGAGGAUGCUGAGGCAUUUGAGGUUCAAGAUGGUGGAAAGAGUACUGGAAUCUUCACCAAAUACUUGAACAAACACAUUUUGCAGUCUGAGAAAGUUACACAUGUCUUAGAAAAGGUAUCUGAGGAUCUGGGUAAAGACCCCCUGGUCACGGGAAAACAGGCAGUGGAGAUCAAACACACUCUGAAGGAACCUCGGUCUUUGGCAGAUCAGGUUCGAACCACCGGUCACACCAGAGAGCUGCACCUACGAGAUGUGUGUUGGAAACAAGCGAACGAACUUCCACGGAGGAAGCAACUGAUGUUUCUUUGCGGUGCAGAAGUGGAACUGAGCUUCUCUGCUUUAUUCUCAAACGUUCUGGUUGUUUUUGCUUCUGUGAAAACCACAGACAACCGUGCUCAGGACUGCACCGUCACACUAAGUAGCAUACCUUCAAUUGUAGAUAUAUUUUCCAAGCCUGGUGGAUCAGAGGAGAUGGAAUCACUACUUUUUAAUAAAUCUUAUAACCCAGACUGUUCUCUAAGACUUUGUUCCCUUCAGAAGCUAAAGGAGUCAUUGGUCAUCAAGGUGGAUCUGCACUAUACUAACAAGGACAGUAAGCUGCGGCACACAGAAACUCAGCAGGUCGAAAUAGGAAAGCCUCUGGUUGCAUCUUGUGAGCUGUACAGAGGCAAUCAUGCGGCAUCUGACAAAAGACAAAAAGCAACUUCAGUUCGAACUGUGGGGAACAUCUCAAACAGCAAAGCGCCAACAAAUCAGAGUUUGGCUUGUCGCCCGUUCACUAGAAAAGCAGUGUGUGCUCCAAACCCCGCCAUGUCUCGGAGCAACGAACCAGAGGAGAAUGAUGAAAAUGAGCUGCAAAACUUCUACUAUCCACCUUAAAUCUGUCUGCUUUGUUAAUACUGUUUCAAAAUAUGAUGUUUAUUAUUGUCAAUCAUGUGUUUUAUCUGUAAUUGUUUGUAACGAGUCGCUGAGUUACAUAGUUUUUUCAUGCAAUUUGACUGUGGUUCUCAACGAAAUACUUUAAACACAUUCGUACUGUACACUGAUCUUAUUUUAAGCUUUAUCAUACAUACUUUUUUAACUAGUGUUUAAUUUAUAAAACAAUUACUUUUUUCGUCAAUAAUUUAUGCACAAAGUUUUUCCUGCUUGUUUCGUUGCAUUGAUUGUCAGUUUUUGAAAGCAUUCCACCUUUGUUUGUGGCAAAUCUGUGACUUUUGUAAUAUAAGUUUUGUUCAUAUUGAGCUUUCUGAAUUAUAGCUUAAUAAAAGUUUGCUUAAAUCAUAAAGCUAGCAAAUUAGAUCAUAUAGUUUUUCACAUAAUGAUUGUAUUUUUGAGAGAAAUGCUGAACUGUCUGCAGAUACAAUAUAGAAAGUCUACAAGAUUGGGUUUGUGUCUUACUAUUACGGAAACAAGAAAAAAGUGAGUUCACAUAUUUUUAAAACAUUUUUGAGUAUAAUAUAUAUUUUAAAUAGAAUUGACUAAACCCGAAGUACUGUAAACCUUUUAACAUAUAAAGAUAAAAAACAA